AUCUUUCAUCUUAUCAACGGCUACGAUUGUUUUGAGUUUAGUGAUCCGCGUCAUAUGAAAAUCAACCAAUCGUAUUAGUUUCCUCUAGCGCGUUUUUUUUUUCAAUUUAGGCGCGUGUUCCAAAAUUUUAAUGUGGAUUUAGGAAAAAAUCUCUAAGAAAAGCCCAGUUAGGCCUGUUAAGAUGCCACUUAACACAAGCCCACAAAGCCCAGCUCGCCGUUCAACUUUUUAUACUACUAAAAUUCAGUGCAGUCUAUGCUAGGAAGCAUGCAAGAGUUUGAUAAGUUAUGCAACCAACGCACGUUAGUAUCUGAUUAAUUAACGUGCCUGAUGGUGUAAAAUAUAGGCUUUGUUUCCAUUAAUCAAAGCUUUUAAUGCGCAUGUUUAUGCCACCAACGCACGCUAACCCCCUGAAAAUCUAUCUAGCUAGUAUAUGUACUAAUAAAAUAUGUAAUCUAUCUUACUCUAUAAUUAAUUCAAGAAAAUAUAUAUAAAUACUGAAUGAAACCUUGCAAUGUUACAAACCACAAACCCACAUUACUCAAGAUACAUACAUUUCAGAAAGAUAAAACUCGAUAUAAAACAAAAUUUGAUCAAAUGGGAAAAUUCACAACCUUGAGUGGCAUAUUAAAAGACGAAGCCUCGCAAAUGAAACUCAACGUGGUUCAUUUGUGUAGCUCCGAGAACGCCAAAACCAUUGACUUGGCUCUUUUGAAAGCCACGACUCAUACCUCACACAAACCACCUUCCGACAAAUACGUUAAUCUCCUCCAAUCGACUGUUGACACGCGUUACGGUCCCGAGACCAUCGCUGCGGUGGUGGAGAGGCUGCGUUUGACGACGGACGUGUGCGUGGCUGCUAAAUGUCUCAUUCUUCUCCAUAUGAUGUCUAAAUCAGAAAAUGGAGAUAAAGGAGAAGGUAGUGUUCGUGUGACUAAUCGUAGUUUGAUAUAUAACGAAGGAGGUCGACAUUUAAAAUUGAAUGUUCUGAACGUGGAUUCAUCUCGUUUUACUAGAGAGUUGUAUCCAUGGGUUCAAUGGUACAAACAAUAUCUAGAUUGUCACUUUCACAUUGCGGAGGCUCUAGGUGUUAUUCCAAGCAUAAAAGAAAGUUCAGAAGAUAAGCGUUUGGAGAUUCAACGAGUAUCGUCUUACACAACCGAUUGUAUUUUCAAACAAAUCGGUUUCUUAGUGGCUCUGUUCGAAAACAUUAGUGCCCGGCCAGAAACUACGGCGUCGAAAUCAAACAAGAUCGUUAUUAAGAUGAUAGAACUAAUGGUACAAGACUGCUUCUCGGUCAUGAGAAUGAUCAAGAUAAGGUUUGAAGAACUGAACGUGAGAGAAGCUAGACUUGACGUGAUGGUUCCGGUUUUGGUGAGGCUUGAAAAGUGUAAGGAGGCAUUGAGCGACUUUUCUUGGCAACGUAGAUAUUUGGUUGAAGAUUUUUGGUGUUUGGUUUCGAAGUUAAGACAUGGGUAACGUUAGAAGACAAAAGAAAUGUUGGAUGAAAAACCUAACGUAAUCGGUUACUAAACUCUUAUCUUAUAGUAAUAGCUUGUAAAAUAAAACUACCAGUCUUGUGCAGUAACUCGCUAACUGCUUAGGGCUUCUAUGAUACUUGAACCGGUUCUAGAUAAAUUGUGUAACGACUUAUUGGGUUUUGCUGACAAAAUGUUUACAAAGACAAUACAUAGAUAAGAAAAUUAUGCUGAAAUGUUUCAAGAAAUCUUCAUUCUAUUGUUUUGGACCAUUUGGUAACACGUGCUUGUGCUAUCUGCGCCCGCAAAUUUUGCCAAACUAAGUGCAGCAUUAACCCAACACCCCAUUUAGGGUGCUUAUUUUUUUUUGUUCUUUUUUUUUCUCUGAUUAAAAAAAAAAAAAUUUAAAAUCCACUAAUCGUGGACCGCCACGUGUCAGUAGAGCCCGCAAACAGUUGAAAAACCUUCCAAAAUUGCUGCUUAUUUAGGCAGCAUAAGCCACCCAAUUUUCGAAAAUAGUGGGACCCACCCACUAUUUUAUUUUUAUUUUUUAAGCUCUCAUGGUUAAGCUUCAUUGGUUAAUGAUGGCCUAAAACUAGUAAAUGUGGGGCUCUAAGAGCAUCUUUAAUCCAUAAAACCUAUUUGGGUUGCUUAUUUUUUUAUUUUUUAUUUUUUUAUCUGUUAAAAAAAUUAAAAACGAACCAAUUGCAGACUGUUACGUGUCAGUAGGGUCUACGAAUAGUGCAAACAACCCACUUAAAUCAGUGCUUAUUUGGGUGCUAUAAAAGCACCAUAUUCCACGUGACAGUUAAGGAGUGCUUAGAUUUUUUUUUAUUAAGAAAAAAGGAAGAAGAAGAAGAAGAAGAACAAGAACGAGUGCUUGAUUAGACAUCACAAGUACCUGUUGCUUGCACUGUUCACGGGUUCCACUGACACGUGACGGUCCGCGAUUGGUUUAUUUUUUUUUAAUUUUUUCUUAAUCA